CAAAAAUAGGCAAUUUUGUCAGAGAACCUUUAUCAGGUUCGUCUCCAAAAAUUGUGUCAGAAUUCUAGUUCAGAAAUGAAUUUCUGAAGAUCCGUAUACCCCUGUCCCUUCAAUUUCUAGACCACGAUCGGCUGAAAUUCCUUCUGAUCGGUGACUAAUCACUUCUCUCCCUUCCCUCAUUAAAAAAUUUGCGAUGAAAGAACGAUGGAUGGAUGAUUAUGAAUUAUUGAAGACUCGGAAGUUUUCUUUUCUGGGAUUGUGGCAACCUGGCAACUACUGUAGUCUAAAAAUAUUUCAUCAGUGAGCCGAAUCGUUACGAGUCUAGCCGAACGUUACCGAUAUUAGUGCUCGGCCGGCUUGUCUUCGUUGCUGUAGUGGAGUAGUGCCUCGCCUCGUGUUUGCAUAAUUCAUUUCAUCAUUUCAUUACGAUUACGAAUUGUGAUCGCUUAUCGUGUUUAUUUUGUUCGUAUGUUCGUAAGCUCAAAGCUGUGCAAGUCGAGUCGGAUCAUGAAAUUUCGAACAAUUAUUGUUUGUGCGUUGUAGAUUACUUGAUGAAUCUUUUUGUGCGUUAUUCGAGUCCGGUUAUUUGUGGUAAAGUGAAAACGUAUUCGGUUAUUUAAAGCUAAUAAGUAGUAAAUUGCGCGAUGUAAAUAUUUCGUCAUUCGUCAUCCUUCGGUGCCGGUACUGCCGGUCAGUAAAUUUCGUGUAGUUCGUGUUCGUGUUAUCAUUGCGUCUUCGAGCUGGUCAGCCGGUAUUGUAUGAAACUGGAAGUGUUUCGAUUCGAAUUUAGAGCGUAAGCCUGUGUCACACCAGUCCCUGUAAUUAUUCGACGAAAUUCCAGAACUGACUUUUCCUCGAUCGGAAUUGCAGUCUGCUCGUAAAUGAAACAAUGAAAGUCUUACGUACUACGUGAAAGAAAAUCAACACCGUUGAACAAUCUGUCAGUCAGCUGCAAAGAUGGCUGCCGCCUCGCAAGAUGGUCUAGUCUUCAUCACAUCUGCGGGUAAACUGCAGGAUAUGGCUGCUACUAAAUUAGCCAUGGAGUUCUGGUGUCAGAAAAUCGAUAAAGGGUACUCGAAUAGUUCUCCGUGCUUUCAAUGGUUCUCAGCGCAGACCAUCUGUGCCGAAGAGUUCGUACACGUGCCUCGAAUCAUCGGUCGUAUCAUCGAUGCUCAAAUCGAAGCACUUCGAACCGACUUGAAGGAAUGGAUGUAUUAUAAUUUAGCUCGUGUAUUUUUCGAUCGCGAUCAUCGCGAGGCUAUUUUAAGAUGUAUUCACGAGGUGCGCUUCAAAUCUAAUUGCACGAUAGAUCACAACGAAACGGCCAAACGGUUAUUGAAAUGCAAAAAGUUGACAGUCGAGGAGAAACGUAGAAUACCUCACGUUUGGUACGAACGUGAUUUCAUGAGCAGAUCGCUCGUUUCGUUUUGUCCUUUCGGCGAUACCAUUCUUCAGAUUAAUAAUUGGUAUAUCGAUAAAGUAUCUUGUAAAGAUGGAGAGUGUAAAAAUGUAGCUUUGUAUUGGGAUACUCUUAGUGUGGAGAAUCAGCUGACAUACGCUCGUAGAUCGUUUCGCGAAAAUCCGUAUAGUUUGAUUUUUUUACUACCUAGAAUGAAAGUCGAAGCUUUGAAUCGAAUAAUGCAGGAGAAAAGUUUGAAAAUAGUGUGCACUUUCGCUCAAUGUGCUCGAAACUCCGAGUACGCUUAUCAAACGUGGCUUUUUAUAGAAAAUCGCGCUUCUAGCUUGCAAUUUUUCGAAGUAAUCGGCACCUUAUUGGAAUACAGAUCGCAUAUGAAUAAUCGGUAUUACGAAGACGACUACAUCGAUACGUUAGUCUUGAAUAUUUGGACUCGAGCUCCUCGUAAAAUAAAAGAGUUUUUGCUAAAUUCUGACAAUUCCGAUAGAAUCGUGACUAAAUUAUGCAGAGUUAACGAGUACUUCGUUAAAGAUUUGAGACGUAGCUUGGAUUUCCUAUUGGAGUUCUUGUCGAAUAAAGAUUUUACCUUUAAGAACGAAUUAUGGAUGAGAUGUUGGCGCGAUUUAAUUGUCGGUUCGAGACUUUCGCAUUUGGACGAGUUGAUGAGAGUGUGUUUGAAAAAUGGCGAACAAGUGGCCCGAUUCAAGCAAACCCUGUUGUUAGAUUUCAUCAGCGAGACGAAUGCUAAAAAAUACUACGAUCUGUUGAUCAGGAAACGUUAUCAUUCCGAAUUAAACGCUUUCUUGAAUUUUUGCACAGGAGGCGAUAAGCAAUUGGUAGCGAAUUUCAGACGCGAUCUGCUUCUGUCGAAAAACAACGAAAUUUAUUUGAUUUUCAGUUGCCAUAAUACCGCCUCGGUUAUCGAUUUCGAUGAUUUUAUCGAGCAGCUCGUGCAAGACGAAGAUCUCGCCAACGAAAUCAAAAAUCAAGUGAUCAUGUUACCCGAAAACCUCGCCGCUUUGUAUAAAAAAAUCGAGAAUUUCGAUCUACUCGCCGUUAAGGAUUUACUCUGUUGUUUCGUAACGUCCAACAACGAUUUGGACUCGUUGAAGUCGACUUUUUUAAACGUCUGUCGAGGUAAUCUGAUCGAAGGCAAGUUGUACAAUUUCGAGAUUCCAAAAUGGCAGAAAUUUCUAGAAUGGUGUUUCAACGAUGACCCGGAAGGAUAUCGUACGAGAGAUUUCGUCGAAUCGAUACCAAUCGACGUGAUAUUUUCGAAUGCUCUGGUCAGAUGCGUUCAAUGGCAGAGGUAUCUGCUACAGUACGGUUGUCGAGGUGCGAAUCGAGAGAAUUCCAUGAGAGGCACGUUAGGUAAAUGUGAUUUUUACGAAUUGAGCGAUUUUCUUAGAUGGUAUUUUAAAUCUGCGCAAGCUGCGUUCGAUUUCAAAAUGACCAAGGUGAAAGAAUACAAAGGGUUUGGUAAAAUCAGAAAGGAAUUCGAAGCUGAGAGCGAUGACGCUUAUAUCAUCUUGGAAGAUUGGUUUUUCGAAGGAUGGCCUAAUCCGUAUGUAUCUUUGUGCCGUCUGUGAAUGAUACGAGUCUAGUUGUUUUUCUUUCCUCAUUUUUUUUUUGUUCUCUCUUGGUUCCUUUUGUCGUGAAUUUUCGCUUCAUGGUGUGUGAUUUGAGAGAAUGAUGGCUGUGCUGAAAUUUAAUGGGAAAAAUACUCGAGUUUGGCUGAUCCGUUAGUGUGUAAAUUUCUAUUCGAGUGUGUGAAAAAUUGGUCUGUUCGUCAUCAUUCAUCAUCCACGAUGGGAUGUGUUGUUAACCAAUAAGUCAUGAGAAGUUUGUGUUCUGUGAAGCUGCAAAUUAUGUAUUGAGAAUUUUCAUGAAAUGAAAGUGUGGUUUUUUCUCUGUAUGAGAUUCUGAUCAAAAUGAAUAAUGUUAUGUGUUUCUGAUCACAGUUGUAUUUAAAUUUGUGAUUCUAUACCCUGCUUAAUUGGUGUCACUUCGCGUGAAAUAUUAGUAGGUAUCUAAUGAUAUUUGAUUCUGUACGUUUGUUUAUUUAUUUAAUUACCUAUUUAUUGUGUGGUGGAUUUUGAAAAAUGUUAUUUCAUUCGGUCAUGCUGUUGGCGCAUGCCAAUCAUAAUCUACUGUUGUAAUUUUUACCAAAGUAAUUGAACGAUGAAAAAAUAUAAUUAAUGCAAUUCUUUAUACUUUA